AUGUCCCCUGCUGCCACGUCCGCUGCGUGUCUGCGUCUGACCCAAUUGGCGUCUGCUGGAGCUCCCUUAACCCGCUGCCUAGGAACCGCCCGCUGUUGUUUGCCCACCCUGGCGCCCCCCACCGCUCGAUCCCUCUCCUCUCGCCCGCCCCUCUCCCCCUCCCCCUCCCCCUCCUCGCCCUCUUCGUCUUCUUCAGCUCCUUCGUCUGCUCUGUCUUCUGCGCCUGGCAUUGCACGUAGCGUGUCUGCUUCGACGACGGAACGUGCUGCCCUCCUCUCCAGACACUUCUCGUCCACUGCUCCCACACCGUCAUCGCACACAAAUCCUUCCACCAUGUCGUACUCCGUCCGCAAGGUUGGCCAGCCCAACACGCUGGACUUCCGUGCCUUUAUUGAGAAGGAUGGCGUCCCGAUCUCUCCGUUCCACGAUAUCCCUCUCUACGCCAACGAGCAGAAGACCAUCCUGAACAUGAUUGUCGAGAUCCCCCGCUGGACAAACGCCAAGGUGGAGAUCUCCAAGGAGGAAUUCCUCAACCCCAUCAAGCAGGAUGUCAAGAAGGGCAAACUCCGUUAUGUGCGCAAUUGCUUCCCCCACAAGGGUUACCUCUGGAACUACGGUGCCUUCCCUCGGACCUGGGAAGACCCCAAUGUCGUCCACCCCGAGACCAAGGCCAAGGGUGACAACGACCCCUUGGAUGUUUGCGAGAUUGGUGAGCUGGUUGGCUACACUGGUCAGAUUAAGCAGGUCAAGGUUCUGGGUGUGAUGGCUUUGCUGGAUGAGGAGGAAACCGACUGGAAGGUCAUUGUCAUUGAUGUCAACGACCCGUUGGCGCCCAAGCUCAACGACAUCGAGGAUGUUGAGCGCCACCUGCCCGGUCUCCUCCGUGCCACCAACGAAUGGUUCCGUAUCUACAAGAUUCCUGAUGGCAAGCCCGAGAACCAGUUCGCUUUCUCUGGCGAGUGCAAGAACAAGAAGUACGCCAUGGAGGUGAUCCGGGAGUGCAACGAUGCUUGGGAGAGACUCAUGACUGGCAAGACUCCUCGUGGUGACAUCAGCCUUGCCAACGUCACCAACGAGAACUCCCCCGACCGCGUCGACCAGGCCCAGCUCGCCAAGAUUCCCCCGGGUGAGAACCUCCCACCGGCUCCGAUUGACGGCAGUGUCGACAAGUGGUUCUUCAUUUCCGGCGCUGCUGUUUAA